GUGGUGUGAUGGGUGGUAGUGUGAUGGGUGGUGGUGUGAUGGGUGGUAGUGUGACAGCUAUGGUUGUGGUAGCAAUUGUGACGCUUCUAUAAUAGUGAUGGUUGUCGUGGUUCUGGUAUUUUAUCAGGGGAAAGUAAAAAGGUUGGAGAUAUUCAAAAUUGAACAGUGGUAAAGGGAGAUAUCUCGAGAAAAAUAACGCCACUGAAAUUCACCUUUUCCAAAGCUCGAAACGAUAUAAGUUUGAACUUACAAUAAAGCAAUUAAAUUAGCUAGUAUAUUUGCUGUUCAGUCGUUGGAUUUUUACUGCAAACAGCAACAAAAAGAGAUUGGUGAAAAGGUCUUUAUAAAGGCCUUUCCCUGAUUUAGCAGAUGGUGUCUUAUCUAACUUGCAUCCAUUUUUAGCCAUAACUUUGAUUAUCAGAUACGACGAGGAAGUGCUCGAUUCUAGAACAAAAAAAAAACAUCCGUCCCGCGUCUCCUUUAAAUCUGUCGAUUUGAAUAGAUUCAUACCGAAGGCAUGAAGUUUUGUUUAAAAAUAUCUAACCGAGAGCAAAACACGUUACCCAUAAAUAUUGCUAUUGACUGCUUCUAGCACUCUCUCGAACUCUGACACACCAGGUAGGUGAAGGUAAACGGUGAACUCUGAUUUCCAUCAUUACUAACUUCUCCCGCUAAGAGUGCGCGGGCUACGCAUGACCUUCCCACAAUUCACUGGCUAGUCACGUGCUACCAGCCCAAGAAUAGCGCAUUUCACACACAAAUAACAAAUAGGUAAGAUCUGGCGGAUAAGGUAUACCCUUUCAGUGUGUAAGGUCGCAUUUGUCAUUAAUUGUAGUAUGUGACAGCUCGUGGAGAUAUCCGUGUUUAGAGGCAAUUCAUCGUUUUCAUUCACGAAAUCGCGUCGUAGACCCCUGCUAUUUGCUAUCCCUUGUAACAGCACCAACACGAGGAGAUUUCUUGCAUUUCCCUUGCCAUUAUUGUGACGUCAUGUAAUAGUAUUUGGUUUUGGCGAAGAAAGCGUAUUUUCGGCGCUCGUAUACAAGUUUGAGGAAUUUGAAUAAAGGGAGACAUUGUCGUAUCUCAAUUUAAACCGGUGACUCCUGUUUUUCCGCAGCUGAAAAAGCGAUGUGCAGUGGAGAGCGUCUCUUUUCUUCGCUGACAGGUUAGUCUCUACUGUUAGUUUCGCGUUUUAGGGUCUUAUGAUGCAAAUCCGGUUAGUUUAAAAAGGCGACAUUUCAAUCGCUUUAUUUCAGCAAAUAAGCUAAAAACUGUUAAAUAACACUUGCACUGACAAACUUUCACUAGAAAUUCUGAAAAAUUAAUUAAUAUAGAAAACUCACAUGUAAUAGAAUAAAAAGGAACUUGUGUUUUUCGAUGCGGAUAAUACAAAUUUGCCUAUUAAAACAUUGUUUAUGAACAAUGUAUUUUUUACUUUUAGCGAUAACCGUCUUCGAGUCUCUUCAGCUAAUUUGAAAGCCAGGUCAAUAAAAAUCGAAUCAAAUACUGAAAGAAAGAAAUAUGAAUUUGAGUCCUUGAAUGAUCAUUUUAUUUUACCGUUGAGGUCAUUUUUUGAUAAACCGACAACACAUGCACUUUAGCGUUUCCAUGGGAGAAGGGCAAAUUAAGGUUAAGAUUAUCUUGCAUGUAAAACACCCAAGAAAGUCGCGGUCUUAUUUUCAAGAUAGCUUUAAGGAUAUGGGGAAUUCAUUGAACCUAUGCGGGAAUAUUGACACCAUGAUAGGGACGAUACCCCCUUUAUCCUAUACUGACACAAUCGUGGGUGCUACACGAAAGUUAAGCUCACGUUGCCAUGAGAACCAUCUCCAUUUUUACGAGAAAGUUAAGCUAACGUUGCCAUGGGAACCACGACCAUUUCUACGAGAAAUUUAAGCUAACGUUGCCAUGAGAACCAUGAUCAUUUCCAGUUCCGACAGGCCAUUAUUAAUCAAUUAAUAAAAAAGUACAUGUUAAUAGCUUUUUGCAGUAAUUCGAAAUUAACCCAGGAAAUCUAAAGCGAUACACAUUAGGUGACAUUAUUCUUGCAGUUUUCUUUAUGCCAUCGUUAUGGGGUUUCAAAAACUUCCUUCUUUAUUAACUACGGCCCCUCCAUCAGCUAAAAGACAAGAUAACCUCUUUCGAAAAAUGUAUUCCUUGUAAUUAUAAUCCAGAAAGCUGAUAUGUGGGCUCAUUACUCCGCUUAUCUUUCGUAAAUUGUUAAAUAAUUUAGACUUACCAAGCAUUCAUGAAAUGGAGAAAGGACUGGUCAAAGGGUGGAUUUCAAUGUGGUGAGAAAAGACAAUUUUGUUUGAAGUAGAAUGGAUUUUGCAGCAACGGAUUGCCAAACAAAAAUCGCUGACAGUUCCCGUAUUAUAAUCAACGUCGGAGGUUUCCGCCAUGAAACAAGCGUCUCUACCUUGCAGAACAUUCCCGACACAAGGCUGUCUUGGAUCGCGGAGAACUCUACCGUUAACGAAGACAAUAAAAGGGAAUACUUUUUCGAUCGCCAUCCUACCGCUUUUUGUCAAGUUUUGAAUUUCUACCGCACCGGUAAACUCCACUGCCCAACGGAAAUGUGCGGGCCGAUGUUUGAGGAGGAGCUGAUAUUUUGGGGAAUCGAUGAAAAACAAAUGGAGCCGUGUUGCUGGGGGACGUACACACAGCAUCGUGAAGCUGAGGAAAAUCUGAAAGCUUUCGUGGGACCGGGAUUUAAUGAUCUAAAGGACGAACCGGCGGAAAAUCAUAUGGGAUCGUAUGGUAGUAUCAAUGAGCUGAACUGCUGGAAACGAAUACAGCCUCAAUUAUGGGAGACGUUAGAUGAACCACACUCCUCGAAGAUGGCUAAGAUAUUUUCCUACACAUCCUGCCUGUUUAUCGCGCUGUCCAUCGCCACAUUCUGCGCCACCACCAUGCCAGCUAUCCGUAAAAAUAAUAUCAUGGGCUCGCGGGAAGGUCUGGAUCAUAUCGAGAUGUUCUGCAGUAUAUUCUUUAGCUUUGAAUUGUUCAUGCGUCUGAUCUCCUGCCCCUCAAAGCUACACUUCUGUCGCGGUAUCAUGAAUUGGAUCGACUUCGUGGCCAUCAUUCCGUUCUACGUGAACAUCUUCUACCCUAACCCCAUUGUGCGCAUGUUCCUAGUGAUCCGAAUCAUGCGCCUUUUUCGCUUCAUCAAGUUGUCCUACGGGCUACAGAUCAUGAUUCAGACGCUAAAGGCGAGUUCACACGAGCUUGUGCUCCUGCUUCUUAUGGUGCUCAUUCCAAUGGUGAUGUUUUCCAGCAUCGUCUACUACGUGGAGGUGAUCAUUGAAGGUAGAGGCGCACAAUUCACUUCAGUACCAGAAUCGUUUUGGUGGUGUCUCAUCACCAUGACAACCGUCGGUUACGGUGACAUGACGCCGCAAACAUGGCCUGGUAAGAUCAUCGGUGGCGCAUGCGCGAUAUGCGGCGUCCUCAUCGUGGCCCUGCCUAUUUCGGUCAUAGGCAGCAACUUUAAUUUAUACUACGCGCAUGCGCAAGCAAGGCUGAAGCUUCCGGUCAAGCAGCGUAGACUUGUACUUGGUGGAGUUCCCGGCUUAUUGGCGAAACCGCUGGAGCUAAGCUCGAGACGCAAAAAGAAGCCAAAUCGUGAUGCGGACGGAGAGAGUUUCGUGACAUCCACAGGCUCUAACAGCCCAGAAAUGAUACCACGUCGCGCCCGUAAUAAUCUACUGGAACCAGAACCGUGCGCAAACGACGAGAAAAGCCCAUGUUCUCCAUUACUAAGCCGAGAUGCUUUCAACGACACGCAGCGAGGCAGUGAUGAUAGCAUCGCCAGCGAUCUGAUUAUUCAGCGGAGACGCCCAAGACGCGGAGCUCCAAUCAGCAUGGAGGAGGAUAAGCAACCGAAGCCCGCUGAAGCGAACGGUAUUAUCUUACUAAAGAGCCGCAGCUUGAAAGGCGAGAAUCGCAUCUAUGACUCGACGCCGACGCUUUCUCUCUCCAAACCACCGGUGGACGACACGAAGGCCAACGGGAGCUUUAACCCAUUACAAGACCACUUGAACAAACCACCGGAAGUAGUGCCGUCAGAUGAAGAUACGAGAAGUGACGCAACUAAUGACUACAUGAAUGACGCCAGACCCGUCGCGAGAAUUGCGCCGAAAAUCAGCACGUAUGACGUCAUGGGGUACAAAGAUGACCUUGCGGAGUAUAAAGACUUUGCGACCUCCCCUCCGCCCGAAGACAGCGAGGACGAUCAUGCGCUACUGAAGCCUUAUUUAUUUGCGUCCAAACGAAAACUCUCGCUGUCAGAUUCCGAAUUAUUCAUUAUACCUCCAAUGUACACGAAUCACGAACGGGAACCGCAACGCAUCCUCAGCGAACAGGACGUCGACAAGAGUGAUAGUUACCAUGGAAGCCGCAGUAGUUCCCCACUUAGGAGACUUAAGGAAGCGAUGAAUGCACCUUUCAAGGAAAAGAGGAAUAAGCAAAAAGACUUUGAGCCGCGCGGACGGACCUCUACCCACCCGUGCGUCAUGCCUGAGUUCUCGCGAGAAAGAAGAACUGCAGUCAUAGUAACACCUCUGACGUCACAGGCUACUGACGAUAAGGACUUCCUAGAGACUAAGAUAUGAGCCGAAUAUGAUUCUGGUUCAGUGGCGGAUCCAGAGGGGUUCCGAGCAUUCAAAAGACUCCCCUCCCCAAUUUUUUUAAUGUUUUUUUAUUAAAAGUUUUCAUAAAUUGAAUCAUUCUUUGAAAUCUCGACCUAUGUCUACGGCACUUGGUUCAAUGAGUUUAGAUAUCAUUGUAUUUGACACAGUUGAAGACUAAUCUAUUUCUUAACAGAAAAAGUGCUAACUCGACGAAUAAGACAAAAAAUAAUUGAAAAAUGAUAUUGGCCUGAAAGUUGAAAGCGUAUGUAAGUGAGGUAAGGUAGGCAGGCGUGAGACUGAGAGAAAAAUUAACCAGUUAACAUUUGAAGUUAGUCUCAGAAGAAAUUGUUGGAGCCAGGGGCGUACGCAGCCUAUAGGCCUGCAGUCACUGGACUGC